AUCUCUGAACCUACAUUUGUCUCACCAUGACCAUGGAUCCCCACCCAGGAAACUUCCCGAUCCUCUCCUACGUCAUGUCCCGCCUCCCUUCCUUCAGUCCAAGAACCUCAACCUCCCCCACUAAUGCCACCAAUUCCCAAUCCCAAUUCGACAUUGAACAACCCCACCCUCACCUCUCUUCCCCUUCUUCUUCCCACCACCGCCACUCCGAGAUCAUAGGUCAGAUGCCUCAGCUAACUGACCCCGCCCUCCUCGCUUCCAUGACACGUGCCAUCGCCGACGUCUCCCAAGCCCGACAGGUCCUCAAGCUCAUCGGCGAGCGCCCUACACACGAGGAGAUCGACAAUGCUAAGACCAAGCUUGCUGACAUCGACGCCCACCUCAACCGCCAGCUGGAGGAGAUCGUCGCCCUCCAAAUGCCCCCGGAGUCUUCCCCUGCCACGUGGCGUGACCACAUUGCUCAGAGGGAAAAGGAGUGCAAGGACGCCGCGGAGCAAGAGAUGAGAAUGUAUAAGUCCCUCAUACAGUUGGAAGAGAUGCAUGCUGCGUACCAGAAGUUGCUCAGCGAUGCGGAAAAGAGGUUGGUCAAGAUUUAUGAGAAGGGAAAGGAGGACGACGACGAUGACGAUGGUGCUGGUGGAGGGGAUGAGGUCAAUGAAGAAGUUAACUGGAUACUGGAGGAGGCUAAUGUGAAAGGUGUCGAGAGAGUUGACCUUUCUGGCCGCCACCUCAAGCUUCUACCGGUGGGAUUUGGACGUGUUCAGAGCUUGGUGGUGCUCCUUCUUUCUGGCAACCAGCUUUCGGUAAUUCCGGAAUCAAUAGGUGGAUUGGAAAAUCUCGAAGAGCUUAACGUGUCAUCAAAUGUUUUGGAGUCACUACCAGAGUCGAUUGGCUUGUUACAGAAGCUUAAAAUCCUCAACGUAUCUACAAACAAGCUAACUGCCCUUCCUGAUUCCAUCUGUAAGUGCAGGUCUUUGGUGGAGCUAGAUGCGAGCUUUAACAAUCUAGGAUAUUUGCCAACUAACAUUGGAUAUGAAUUACAGAGCUUACAGAAGCUUUCAGUUCAAUUGAACAAGCUCCGUUCCCUCCCCUCAUCCAUAUGUGAGAUGCAGUCCUUGCGCUACCUCGAUGCUCACUUCAAUGAGCUAAAUGGCCUUCCAAAGGCAAUAGGGAAAUUAACCAAUCUUGAAAUUCUCAACCUUGGCAGUAACUUCAGCGACCUCCAAGAACUUCCAGAGACAUUUGGUGAUCUGAUUAACCUCAGGGAAUUGGACAUCAGCAACAACCAGAUUCAUCAGCUCCCCGAUACAUUCGGCAGCCUUCAUUACUUGACCAAGCUUAACUUAGAGCAGAACCCUCUUGAAUUGCCACCAAAGGAGAUUGUAGGUCAAGGUGUGCAAGCCAUAAAGACUUUCAUGGCCAAAAGGUGGAUUGAUAAAAUGGAAGAAGAAAGACAAAGCAAGCUGCAGGAAGCACAAGAACAAGCAGAUAACGGAUGGUUAACACGAAGCACUUCCUGGUUGAAGAAUGCAUCUACCAAUGUAAGUGAGAUUCUUGGAAAUAUAUCCCCUAAAACUCCGAAAGAUCCUUAUCUCAAUCAGCAGCUAUAAACUUAUUAAGAGGCAUUCCAUGAAAUUUUGGGAACUUUCUGUCAACACUUGUUACUAUCUAUUGCUAAUCAGUUAUUGCUGUUGGUGUUGGUGCAUCCUU